UUUUUCUCUUUCUAGUUUGAGUUUGUUUACACUAUGGGAUAUGCGUAUGCGUGUGAUCACUUUGGGUCAAACUUUGAUUCGUAGUUUGUUUCGUGUGUUGAGUGAUUUGAUAGCUGAUACAUGCUCUUAGAGUGAAAAGAUUUUAGUUUUUGAGCAUAAGUACACAUUAUUGGUCUAAUGAGUUGGUUUCAAAAUUAGGUUUUCUUUUGUUGUAACUUUGUUCUCAUGGAGCACAUCAAUUCAAAUUCUAAUUUCUGUCAUCUGUGUUUUCUAUCAUAAAUUGUGUUUAGAUCUCUGCAUCAAAUUGUUGAGCUCGUGUUUAUUAUUAGAAAGGUCUGGCUCUGGAUAGCUAUUUAAACACCAGCCACCAAGGGGCAGUGCCUCCAAUGGCACCUUCUCGGGUGGCUGGGGGGUUAACCCAAUCUUCCUCGAGUUCUGGAAUUUUCUUCCAAGGAGAUGGGCUGUCCCAGGCUGUAUUUAACUCUCACCUGAGCUCCCCUUAUGAAAAUUCAUCUAAUUCAAUUCCUGGAACUGGGCGUCCUAAUAUGGGUCUGGUUUCGGGUGAUAUGAACAGUUUGCUGUGGAACAGUGUGGCAAAUUCAGGACCUAGUGGUGGGGCAAGUUCUUUGGUCACAGAUGCAAAUUCGACGUUGUCAGGAGGUCCGCAGUUGCAGAGAAGUGAUAGCUUUAAUACCGAUUCAUAUAUGCGCUUACCAGCAUCGCCCAUGUCAUUUUCCUCCAACAAUAUAAGCAUGUCAGGUUCAUCGGUAGUUGAUGGAUCUUCUGCUGGCCAGCAGGGCUCUCAUCAAGACCCAAAUGUCCGACAACUACAGCAGGGUCAGCUGUUGCAGCAAGGAGUCUCAACCUCUACAUCUUUGCCUGCGUCACAAACCGGGCAAGUUUCACUUCCCAUGGGUCUACGAGUCCCAGGGUCCUUCAUGCAAGAUCCCAAUAAUCUAUCUCAGGUGCAGAAGAAACCUCGAUUAGACAUCAAGCAAGAAGACAUCCUGCAGCAGUUGCUGCAAAGACAGGAUUCCAUGCAGUUGCUGCAAAGACAGGAUUCCAUGCAGUUGCAAGGUCGAAACCCCCAAUUACAAGCAUUGGUCCAGCAGCAGCGACUUAGGCAACAGCAACAAAUUUUGCAGUCAAUGCCACCAUUGCAGAGAGCACAGUUGCAGCAGCAGCAACAGCAAAUGCACUUGAGGCAGCAAUUGCAACAACAGGGCAUGCAGCAAGUAGCUGGAAUGAAGCGCUCCUUUGAUGGUGGUGUAUGUGCUCGCCGGCUAAUGCAAUACCUAUAUCACCAACGGCAAAGGCCAACGGAUAAUACUUUUGCAUACUGGAGGAAAUUUGUUGCAGAGUAUUAUUCUCCUCGUGCAAAGAAAAGAUGGUGUUUGUCACAGUAUGAUAAUGUUGGGAGUCAUGCACUUGGUGUUUUCCCUCAAGCAGCUAUGGAUGCCUGGCAUUGUGAUAUUUGUGGGUCUAAAUCUGGAAGGGGGUUGGAAGCAACUUUUGAAGUACUCCCCAGACUUAAUGAAAUCAAAUUUGGUAGUGUAGUGGUUGAUGAGCUUCUGUUUUUGGACUUGCCUCGUGAGUGUAGAUUCCCUUCUGGAAUAAUGAUGUUGGAGUAUGGAAAAGCAGUCCAGGAGAGUGUAUAUGAACAGCUUCGUGUUGUUCGUGAGGGGCAGCUUCGCAUCAUAUUCACUCAGGACUUAAAGAUAUUGUCUUGGGAAUUUUGUGCACGUAGACAUGAAGAACUUUUUCCACGUCGUUUAGUUGCACCCCAGGUAAACCAGUUACUUCAGGUAGCACAGAAAUGCCAGAACACAAUUUCUGAAGGUGGGUCUGAGGGGGUUUCUCGGCAGGACUUGCUAACAAACAGCAAUAUGGUCCUGACAGCUGGACGGCAGCUUGUUAAGAGUUUGGAGUUGCAGUCGUUGAAUGACUUGGGUUUUUCGAAAAGAUAUGUCAGGUGUUUGCAGAUUGCUGAGGUUGUAAGUAGCAUGAAAGAUCUAAUAGAUUUUUGUCGAGAACACAAGGUUGGGCCAAUUGAUGGCUUGAAAAACUAUCCUCGACGUGCUGGUGCAGCCAAGCUCCAAAUGCAGGAAAUGGAGCAGUUAUCGAACACUCAGGGUCUGCCAACUGACAGGAAUACCCUCAAUAAGCUAAUGGCACUUCAUCCGGGAAUAAACAACCCAAUGGGUAACAGCCAGCACAUGGUCGGUCGAGGAACUUUAAGCGGUUCAGCACAAGCUGCUUUGGCACUUUCUAACUACCAGAAUAUGCUCAGUAGGCAGAACUCGAUGAAUUCAAACCCUAACUCACUCAACCAGGAAGCCUCUUCUUCCUUUAAUAAUUCUAACCAGAGUCCAUCUUCAAAUUUCCAAGGACCUGCUGCCGUGUUAUCAGGAUCCAUGCAGACCCUGCCUGUUAGUGGCUUAUCGAGUCCCCAUUUACCAACUCAAGUAAGCGGCAAUAACUUAACCCAAAAGAACCAUCCGCAGCAAUCUCAGGGUAAUCAGGUUUUACAACAACAAAUGAUGCAACAGCUGUACCAUGAGAUGUCUAAUAGCAAUACCGGAGUUCAGCAACAGCAACUGCAGUCCCUGAGUGGGCAGAAUGGGAAUGCAAGUGUGGGAAGAAACGGAAUGGGCUUUGGUAGCAACACCACUGCUCCACCUGGUGCAGCCGCUUUUAAUGUAUCAGGAAGUGCAGCUGGGCCUGCACCGAGUCGAAGCAACAGUUUUAAAGGUGCUUCAAACAGUGACUCCUCGGCAGCUGGUGGCAAUGCUGGAUUCAACCGGAGCGCACCGGAUUUACCUCAGAGCCUCCAUUUUCAGGAUGAUAUAGUUUCGGAUAUAGCUCAAGAGUUCCUGGAUAGCGGGUUUUUUAACAGAAAACUUGACGAUUAUGGCUGGAAGGCAUGACUAACCUCGUUUGGCCCAAUUAAGGGCUCUCCUGUUUGGUAAGUUUCGGACAAAUUGUUGUACAGAGCCUUUGAAAUAGCUGCUCUUUCUUCCCUAUUGUUUUUUCUUUCCCGGCAACCUCUUUGAUCCGGCAUUUGUUGUGACAUCACUUGCCUUGUGCUUUCAGUAGGGAAUUAGCUAUCAUUUCCCCUUUCAUCCUUUUUUUUAAGGAUUUCCAGUUUUCAAGUCUUACAAGUGUAAUCUGUUGAACAGGACAAACUUUGGAACAUAGUAUGUUUCUUAUAAUAUGAUGCUUACAUGUUUCAA